CGCGCGCCUCCCCGGGAAGUCUCGCGAGAGUCCGCGGCGGCUGCCCUUGGGAGCGCGGAGCCGGCGGGGUCCGCGGCGCGGGUCCGGGGCUGUGUGGCCAUGGCGCGGGGGCUUCUCCGUCAGUACACGGACAUCGCCGACGGCACCGAGUGCCACCGCAAAGCCUACGCCAGCACCAGCAUCGGCGGCGCAGUGGGCCUGAUUUGGUCAGCCUACAGUGUCACACUCAGACCCCCAGACUCCAUUCUCGAAGGAGUGGCGCGGGCCGGGCGGUACACGUUCACCGCAGCAGCCAUCGGGGCCAUGUUCGGCAUCACCUCCUGCGUCAGCGCCCAGGUCCGCGAGAAGCCUGACGACCCCCUGAACUACUUCCUAGGCGGCUGUGCUGGAGGCCUGACCCUGGGAGCGCGCACUCACAGCUAUGGGACCGCUGCCGCCAGCUGCGUGUACAUGGGCAUGGUGGCCGCCCUGUUCAAGAUGGGCCAGCUGGAGGGAUGGGAGCUCUUCUCAAAACCCAAGGUGUGAGCCCUGCUGCGCCGCUCGCCAGGCAGGGCCCGAGGUGCCCGGAAAUAAAUUCCUCGUGUGUGUGUGA